CGUAACUCUAACCACACGUCAAACGUCACAAAUAGACUUCUUUGGUUAUGUUCCGUUUGUCAAAGUUAUAAAACCGAAAAACGAGUGUCUCGAGCAAUUUCCGCAUCAGUGCAUUUUCCCCUUAUCAUGACGGUGCCCACCCCUAACGAGAAACUCCUCACGAACGGUUCCACCAUCCCCAAACGCCAAAACGGAUCAAAAUCAGGCCUUAUGAAACUGUCAAGUUACGUAUUGGCCCUACGACCAUGGUCUUUAAGUGCGAGUCUCAUGCCCACUCUGUUGGGCUCCACAAUUGCCUACAAAUACCCCGGAAUCACCGAUUUCAAUUACGCCACUCUCCUCCUCACAAUCUUCACCGUAGUGUCGGUACAUGGGGCCGGAAACGUCGUCAACACCUACUUCGACUACGUCAAGGGUAUUGACAACCGGAAAUCGGACGACCGGAUUUUAGUCGACCACAUUUUGACCAAAGACGAGGUUGUCUCAUUGGGGGCGCUUCUGUAUUUCGCCGGUUGUGUGGGGUUCAUCCUUUUGGCGGCAUUGAGCCCCGCUAAAAUGGAACACUUGGCUUUGGUCUACUUCGGGGGGCUGUCGUCGAGCUUCCUCUACACGGGAGGUAUAGGCUUCAAGUAUAUUGCCCUCGGGGAUGUACUUAUUUUGAUUUUGUUUGGCCCCAUUUCGGUGCUUUUUGCCUUUAUGUCGCAAACGGGCCGAGUCGAGUGGGCUACGAUCUAUUACGCAAUCCCUUUAGCCCUCAAUACUGAGGCUAUUUUACACAGUAACAAUACGAGAGACUCAGAAUCGGAUAAAAAAGUCGGAAUUGUGACUUUGGCGAUUAUUAUCGGUCACACUGCCUCGCAUGUCUUGUAUGCGUUUUUAUUGUUCACUCCGUAUAUUAUGUUUAUGGUGGCCUCGUUAAAAUACUCGAAAUGGUUCAUGUUGCCUCUAGUCACGCUUCCUAGCGCUUUUAAAAUCGAAAAACAGUUCAGAUCCAACGAUAUACACAGUGUGCCCAAAAAGACUGCCAAAUUGAAUUUGUUUUUCGGUGUUUUGUAUGUUCUGGCUUGUAGUCUAGUUCCGGCGUUGCCGUAUGUUACAAAAAGAUAGAUAUACGAGCUUUUAUUAGUUGUAUUUAUUUGUAUUAAGUUAUUUUUUACUGUGUUGAGGAAUUGUGUCAAAUGUGGUCACUAGUGGGGGUUUGCGACUUGGUUGCGAGCCAAGUCGCAAACACUUAUUUUAUUUGUUGCUACGAGAUUAUUGUACUUAUGACACUGAAACCUAAUCAAGUGAUUGGCUCUUAUUUAGUCCCUAAUUAGCCAAUUAUAAAACAUGUAUUUUUAUAGCUGAUCAGACUUAAUUUAUUGUUAAUGUUGAUGAGUUUUUGUAUGACGAGAUUUUAUAGUAAAUAAUUAUAAUUUUCA